AUGGCAUCGACCGCCGAGCCGAUUGAAGAUAGUGAUGCCGGCGUGGGUGCAGCGGAGGAGGCUCGCGCUCCCUUGCUCGAGGAGGGGCAUGGCACGCUGCAGCCGCCUCAUCGCCGCCGGACUGCUCAACAAGGAAACCCUGACGAGAACGGCCAGGACGACGGCGCCUUGGACCAGGCGGACGUGGCUUACAGCGCCAACUCGUUUAUGGCGGUCGUCAAGCCGGUGACGCUAUGCAUGACGCUGUCCGCCUUCAUCACGGUGUCUCUGUACUCCGAUGCCGAAGGGGCCACUAACAGCGCGUUGUCCGUAUACGAGGUUUACGACGAGUCGACUACAACCCUAGACCCUUCGUCGGUACGGCUUGGCAAGAGUUUCGUCAACGCCCUCAUCAUCGUGCUGGUGCUAGCAGCUGCUACCUUUGUGAUUGUGUGGAUGUACUGGAUGAGGUGCAUGCGCUGCCUUGUCGGAUACAUGGCGAUGAGCUCGGCCGUCCUGCUGGGAGUAAUGGGAGGCGCGGUGUGGGCGGCGGCCCUGGAAGUGUACCAGCUCCCCUGCGACGCGUUCACGUACUACGGGGUGCUGUGGAAUUUCGCGGUGGUCGGGGUCGUGGCCAUAUUCUACCAGAAGGGCAUCCCGACGGUCGUGACGCAAGCCUACCUGGUGGCCACCAGCAUCAUAAUGGCUUGGCAGCUCAGCCGGUUCGAGGAGUGGACAGGCUGGUGCCUCUUGGUUGUUCUGGCUCUUUACGACUUGUGUGCCGUGCUCACUCCCUGCGGUCCCCUCAAGGCCCUCGUGAACCUCAUGCAGGAGUACGAGGAGCCGAUGCCUGGCCUACUCUACGAGGCAGAGCUCCCCGCGGGCCCCCCACGCCGACGUCGCCCUGAAAAUGAUCGACGGGCCCCCUCCCAACAGCAAGCACGACGGGAGCAGCCAGGGGCCACCGGGGGUCCGCAAGAGGGUGACGUCUCUUCUUCGCCGAGAGCACCCGUCGGCACCGCUACAAUGGGCGGCGGAGGGUUGGCGGAUUUGGCCGGGGGAGGCGAUGAGGAGGGGGGGAGAGGGGCAGACGAUGAGACGCCGGCGGCGCCAGUGUCAGCAGAAGCGGCAGCGGUUGUCGAGCCGCAAUCGUCGUCGCCCGGAGGCGACCACAGCUCUGCGAGGAGACCCGGCGCGGACAGCGCCGGCGCAAGCGAGUCGGUAGCCGCGCCGUUGCUGGAGCUGGUCGAAUCAGGCACGGCGGCGGUGGCGGUAGGAGACGCUUCGGCCGAUGGAAGUGGAACCAGAAGCGGUCGCGAACAGGGGAAACGCCGCCUCGCAACGGUUCGGAGGGGCAUCCGCGGAGGGGGAUGCCUUGAUCCAGAGCCCCCGGGGUGGCGGACGGUCCAGGCGGAGAAGAAGCUUGAGCUUUUCUCUCCUGUCCCGACUUCCAGCAGGGCGGCGGCCGCGGCGGAGAACGACGAAGACGAGGAAGAGAUGGGCGUGUCGAUCAAGCUUGGACUCGGAGACUUCGUGUUUUACAGCGUUCUGGUGUCCAAGGCGGCACUGUACGGCUUCACGGCGUGGGCGGCCUGCGUGGUGGUGAUCGUCUUCGGCCUGGGGGCGACCCUCGUGCUGCUGGCGGUGUACAGGAUGGCCUUGCCCGCUCUACCCAUCUCGAUUGGCUUCGGGACGGUCUUCUACCUUCUGACGAGGUUCUCGAUACAGCCCUACGUGGAAGCCCUCAACGAGACGCCGCUCUACUUUUGA